CUGAUUGGUUGAAAAAUUUUGAGCUAAUCUUUUUCAUAUUUUCCUAAAGGCUCAAUGUUUUGUACACUAUGUUAGUUUUGUCAAACUGUAAAUGAAAUAAUAAUAUUAAGUACUAGUCAAAACUCUGUAAGUGUAUAAUCGCUACUUUAUUUACCAAGCUCUACUUUGGAUAUUGUUUCGCAUAUUGUUUACACGUCUUCACUAUUCAUGUUUGCCGAUCUAUUUACAAAGGGGAGGAUACUUUAUUGCGAAAUCUUAUUAGAAGUAAACGAAUUGAAUCUUUCUGCGGUGCAAUGAUAAGAUGAUUCCAUUAAAAGACAAUCAAGAUGUGGCAUCAUUCCUUGUUACAAAGCACUCUUGGAAGGGCAAGUACAAAAGAGUGUUCUCAAUUGGCACUCAUGGAAUCACAACUUACAACCCAGAUCGUUUGGAGGUGACAAACAAAUGGGUGUAUUCAGAUGUAGUGACUAUAGCUUCAGCAAAACAUUCUAACUCGGCUGCCAAUCAUGAUUUCACUCUUGUUAUGAAGAAGGAUAAAAAAAUUGAUUCCAUGAAGUUUUCUUCAGAACACAAAUGUCUCAUUUUAACCGAAGCUUUCAAAUAUAGGCAUUUAUUUGCUGAGAAGCCUAAAGAUAUUUAUAGAUAUCAAGCCUACAAGCAUCACUGGAGUGGUACAAGACUGCCCAUAGUACUGGAAGUGGGACCAUGUUCACUUGAACAGUUAGAUCCGUCCACCCACACUCUUCUAGCUAGCUACCCCUAUGCCGACAUCCAAGGAAUCCUGCCAGUGAGAGAUAUACCAGGAGGAUUUGUUUUGGCUGUUGGUGGCUACAGCCGAUUGCAUCUGUUCUCAAAUGCUAUGGACCAUCAAAUAAUAAUAAAUAAAAUGCUGGAGAUGGCCAGCCUCACAAUGAGUAUAAGCAUUAAAGUCCUGUCAGCCACAAUAACAUUGGACGAUUACCAUGACCAGAGAUUCGGGAAAUACAGCGGUGAUCAACACCAGACAAGCUUGAGCGAGUUCCUGGUACAUAAAGUAAAUCCUGCAAGACACAUGGAGCCAAUGAGACGCACUCUAUGUCUAUCGGAUACUUGUAUAUUGGAGAGAGAUCCGCAGACCUAUUCUGUUGUUUGCCUUCGACCGCUGAGUGAUGUUUUCGCGUUCGUUCGCUAUCCUGAUCACCCACAAAAAUUUUCUAUCGAAUAUUUGAAUGGACAAACUCGCACCUACUUAGCCGGAGAGAGGGAUUCACUGUUGGCGUCUCUGGUGGACGGUGUUCGUUCGGCCGGACAGCGCGACGUGCACGUCCGCUCGGCACGAACGCCGCGCGGGUAUAGACUGGGACCAUUACAUCACCCCGUUGACGAGGAGACUGAGAGCAACCACCUUAGAUUAUUUCAAAACCCAGUGGGGAUGUCAAGAGCGGAAGUGAUAGAACGGUUCAACGCGAACGUUGGAUACAGCGGCCUCAUUUACUCCGUUAGUCAAGAUGCUCGUCCCCUGUUGUGGCUGUUUCUAACGUGGGAUCUUAGACUGUUUGCUGAGAAUAAAGAGAAGUUAAUAACGGGUGCUCUGGCGGCCAUGAUGGGGGGCGGGGGGGCGCACCUCACACUGCUGGAGCUGGAGGCACAGUUCCAGGCGCUGAGGAGACUGUGUGCUAGCAAAGUGGGCUUCGCUGCAUUCACUGCACUCCCUGGGUUCCGCGAGUGGAUGGGUAACGCCGCCGUGAGUGCUCUCCGCCGCGAGUGUGCCGCUUGUUCCCACGCUGCCCUGGACGCGUUGUGUGCUCUGCUGCAGCCCAUGCACGCCGAACCGGACCUUAGACAGGAGCAGCUUAACAAGGCUUCCAUGCUGGCUUCGCCCGCCUUCCUAGACGGACUUCUGGCCAUGUGGGCCACUCACGUUUCCGCCGGUACGGGUGCGCUGGUGGUGGCGGCCAUGUUGGACUUCCUGACGUUCGCUCUCUGUGUCCCGUACAGUGAGACGACGGACGGGAAACAGUUCGAUCAGCUGUUGGAGAUGGUGGCCAGUAGGGGAAGAAUUAUAUUUAAACUAUUUGAGCAUCCAUCUGCGGCGAUAGUGAAAGGCGCAGGGUUGGUAUCACGAGCUCUGGUAGAGGAAGGUGGAGGCGGAGUCGGCGCAAAGGUCCAGGCCCUCGCGCUCGCGGAGGCAGCCCUGCCGAGACAUCUGCUGCACGCGUUAUACACAACAGCACCGUCCCCGGCCAGGCUGCAGCGGCGGCACCUCGCGAGACAUCUGGUCGCGCUGUGGCUGGUUGAUCACGCGCCCGCCAAUGACCUCCUCAAGAGAAUUAUGCCGUCCGGUUUGCUUUCGUUCCUGGAGUGCGCGGACGCGCCGCCCGCGCUGGAGGACGCGGGCGAGGAGCGUGACAACCUGCAACUAGCGCAGGCCGCCGGUAAGGCCAGGGACACACACUGGGACGCCAUCGAGAGACAGCUGAAGUACGUCGAGAAACAUAUAGAGCAUUACACAUCACUAGCUUUGCAACACUGGGCACAAAAGGUCCGAGCGACCGACCAGCGUAAGGAGAUCCGCGAGCGUCCCGUCGUCUUGAGGAGGAGACGGGAGAGGGUCAAGUCUACCGCCAACUGGCCUAUGUUCUACUAUCAGUUCCAUCGCGAUCACGCCCUUCCUAACUUAAUAUGGAACCACACUACUCGUGAGGAGCUUCGUAACGUGCUGGAGAACGAAUUGCGUACUUUUUCCCUGGAACGCGAGGCGGCGGGCAACGUCCCCACUGCUUGGAACCACGCGGAACUCGAACUGCACUACCAAUGCCUACAGGCCGAGGUCAAGAUCGGCGACUACUACCUGCGGAUCCUGCUCGAGCAACGAGACUGUGACGACAGCCCUAUACGGAAAUCGUACGAGUUCUUCAACGACCUCUAUCACCGGUUCCUGUCGACUCCCAAGGUGGAGAUGAAGUGUAUGUGUCUACAAGCGAUGACCAUAGUGUACGGCCGGUACUACGAGGACAUCGGACCGUUCGCCGACACCAAGUACAUCGUGCAGAUGUUGGACCGGACGUGCGACAGGAUGGAGAGGGAUAGACUCGUACAGUUCCUGGCUAAAUUAAUAUUACACAAGAAGAAUGUGAGCGAGAUAUUGGAGUGGAAUGGAAUUAGGAUUCUGGUAGACCUGAUGACUCUAGCACAUCUCCACACGUCCCGAGCAACUGUGCCUGCUCAGAGUAACGUGUUGGAGGCUCCCAAUGUUCAGGGGGACACGGACAGGGAGUGGUAUUACAACUUAGAGAGAGGGGACCAGCUCACACGCAAGGGACCUGUCAGCUUUCAACAGCUCAAGGACUUAUAUAAGAGCGGCGAAAUAAAUAACAAGACGAAGUGCUGGGCGAACAGCAUGGAGGGCUGGCGGGCGCUCGGGGGCGUCCCUCAGCUGCGGUGGAGUCUGGGGGCGAGGGGGGCGGCCGCGCUCACCGAGACAGAACUCGCCGCGACUGUACUAGAUCUGCUGGUGACCUGCGCACGAUACUACCCCAGCAGGGACGAAGAAGACGCAAUAAUACGUCCGUUGCCGAGAGUUAAGAGACUUCUCUCCGAACCCGCGUGCUUAGCUCAUGUGGUGCAAUUGUUACUGACGUUCGAUCCUAUACUGGUAGAGAAGGUGGCGACUUUGUUAUAUGAAAUAAUGCAAGACAACCCUGAGAUCUCUAAGCUGUACUUGACCGGUGUGUUUUACUUCAUGCUGCUGUACACGGGCUCCAACCUGUUGCCCAUAGCGAGGUUUCUGAGGUUGACGCACAUGAAACAAGCGUUCCGGGCCGACCAAACGAGCUCUGACAUAAUGCAGCGAUCGAUAUUAGGACAACUGCUACCGGAGGCGAUGGUCUGUUAUUUGGAAAAUCAUGGAGCUGAGAAGUUUGCUCAAAUAUUCCUCGGCGAAUGGGACACACCGGAGGCUAUUUGGAAUGCCGAAAUGAGACGUAUGCUGAUCAUGAAGGUGUCUGCUCACAUCGGGGAGUUCACGCCCCGCCUGCGCGCGCACGUGGCCGCCCGCUACCCCUACCUCGCGAUCCCCGCCGUCCGCUACCCGCAGCUGCAGAGAGAGCUGUUCUGCAACAUGUUCUACCUGAGACACCUGUGUGACACGCAGAGGUUCCCCGACUGGCCCAUACCUGACCCGGUGGGUCUUCUAAAGGACGUGCUCGAGGCGUGGAGGCGAGAAGUGGACAAGAAGCCGUCGUCGAUGACCGCGGAGCAGGCCUACACGGCGCUGGGACUCGAACCGACGACCCACGACGAGGCGGCCGUCAGGAAGGCCUACUACAGACUCGCACAGCAGUUCCACCCAGACAAGAACCCAGAAGGACGGGACCGUUUCGAAGCAGUUAACCAAGCGUAUGAGUUCCUGUGCAGUCGCAACGUAUGGACGGGCGAUGGACCGAACACUAAUAACAUUCUACUCAUUCUUCGCACACAGACUAUACUAUUUCAGAGAUAUUCUGAAGUGUUGUCUCCGUACAAGUACGCGGGAUACUCAGCCUUGCUCCGCACUGCGCGGCUGGAGGCGGCCGCGGACACGUUGUUCUCGAGCGAGGCCGCAUUGUUACCGGCCGCCUGCGAACUGGCCCACGCUACACUCGCCUGCUCAGCGCUCAACGCACAGGAACUGUGUCGAGAACGCGGCCUCGAGGUGCUCGAAGAGGCUCUUUCCCGCUGCGUGUCGGUCCUAGGAGGCAGCGCGGCCGGCAGCACGGCGGCGGCGGUGUGCACACACUGCGCGAGGUGCUUUGCUGUUGCUGCACGCUUCCCCGUCUGUAGGGACGCUGCGGCGGAGCUACCCACACUGUGUAGUGAUAUCGUACCACUACUGAGACGACCGGAGUUGGGUGAAACAGCGUGUGCGGGUGCUGAGGCGGCAGCGGCGCUGGCAGCGGACCCGCGGUGCCGCGACCGUCUCGCCCGCGCUCACGUCAUCCACGCCCUCCUGCCGCCCGCCCUGCAGUACGACUACACGCUCAAGGAGUCCGGCGUCUCCACCGAGGGAGAUAACAAGCAGGAAGUGGCAAAUCGUCUAGCGGUUCAAUGCGUUGCAGCGCUGUCAGCACUGUACGGACCGCACGAGGAGGCGGGCGAGGAGGACGAGCGAGUCCAGGCGGCGCUCAGGAUGCUGCUCACACCGUACAUCUGUGAUAAACUAGCGACUGCGGACCCGCACGAGCUACUUAAAACGCUGACGUCCAACUGGCGGACGCCGUACCUUGUCUGGGAUAACAGCACUCGCGCGGAGCUUCGUGAAGCGCUCCGCUCGCGGCCUCCUGAAGACACGCUGCUACAGGACGUGUAUUACACCGCUCACGAGGGCCUGCUCACCGUGGGCGGAGUCUACCUCGACAUAUACAACGAGCAACCCGAGUUCCUUAUAGAGAAUCCCCAACAAUUUGUUUUGGAUCUGCUCCACUUCAUCAAGGAACAAACGAAAGUCGCCAAAUCAGAGGAGACCGAGGAGCGCUUAACUUUAGCAUUGAAUGCUCUUGCCAAUUGUAUUAUUAAGAAUCCCGGCGUGGAGAUCCAGUGCAUCGGCCACUUCGCGGUGAUAUUCGGCCUGAUGAGUGGCGGCGUGUCGCGGGUGGUGGCGGGCGCGCUCCGCGUGUCGCUGGCGUGUUCCCGCAGCAGGGCCUGUGUGGAGGAGGUGUCGGCGGGCGGCCUGCUGGGCCACGUGCUGCCUCUCCUCGCGCCGCCCGCCCACAGAGAGGCGCUCGACACGCUCUCCGCCCUGCUCACCUGCACGCCGCUGGUUAGAGAGGCGCUGGCUAAAGGAGCUGUGAUAUAUCUGUUAGAUCUCUUCUGUAACUGUAAGACGCCGGAGAUGCGAGAGAUGGCGGUGGAACUACUCUCGCGGAUGAUGGCUGAUAAAUUACAUGGACCCAAGGUGAGAUUAACGAUCUGCCGCUACGUGCCGGGCGUGUUCGCGGACGCCAUGCGCGAGGCGGGCGGGGCGGGCGGCGCGGGGGGAGCGGGCGCGGCCGCCGCCAUGCACGCCUUCGACAACAACCACGAACAUCCCGAGCUGGUGUGGGCGGACGAGCUGCGGCAGAGGGUGAGGGCCGGCCUCGUGCAGCGGAGAGACAGGCUGUAUACUAGUCAAAUCCGUGAUCCGACGAUCCAAUACGAGGAACGUGAAAAGGACACGGGCGAAGUGUCGUGGGCGCCGCCCGGGGAGGUGGUGGUGGGAGGCGUGUACCUCAAGCUGUUCCUACAGAACCCCACCUGGAGUCUGCGGAAUCCCAAAAGCUUUCUGCAGGACCUCGUCUCCGAAACCCUGUCGGCACUCAACAAGGAUUCAUCAGAAGGUGGACGCGGGGACACGUGCGCGCGUGCUCUGACCGCCUUGCUCCGUGCCCGCCCGGCGCUGUGCGAGGCGUGCGCCGCACUGGGCGAGCUGCCGCGCCUCGCCCGCCUGCUGCCCGCCUGCCCCAGACACGCCGUGCCCGUGCUGGCGGCACUCGCCCACACGCAGUCGUGUGUGGUGGCGCUGGUUCAGACGGACGCGAUGGUGGGUCUCAAGACGGCGGUGAAGACGUGUCGCGAGGUGGUGGGCCCCGCCUGCGACGCUCUCACCGCCAUAUUCAGCUCUCCGGUCAACACGGACAAACUAGUGCUACAGGCUCUUGAAUGCGACUUGAUCACUGAGUUACUCUCGAUGCUCGAGGGUCGCGGGUCGGGCGUCGGGCUAGAGGGCGGGAGCGUCGCCCGCGUCGUCGGAGCCCUAAAAGCUAUGAGUCGCGCCGGCUUACACGCGGAAAGAGUGAAAAAUAUACUAGCAAGAUCACCCGUCUGGGAACACUACGCCGCUCAGAGACACGACCUGUUUAUAUCGGCGCCGCAACAUCACUCAAUAACUGCAGGGGCUCCACAAACCGCGGGGUACUUGGCCGCCCCGCCCUCCGUGCCCCCCGCCCACCCCCCGCCGCUGGACUGACCGACACACACACAGAGACACCUUCACACAUACUCACACGCGCUCACACUACCUCGCCGUUCGUGAUAUCUCCUGGUGUGGAGACAAGUGAAGUGCAGAAAUACUACACCUGCUUCUUGUUUUCAUUUAGAGUAUGUCAAAAAUAUAUUGUAUUUUUAACUAAAAGGAUGACGAUACCGCCACAGUGUUAGCUGUCGUCUGUAGAAGCCUUCAUUGUUACACGAGACAGUGGUCAAAGUCCAACGAAUGUAAUGCCCCGCACUGCAGCAGACUGUUAGAUAGCUGAAUUGUUUAUCGUUCGUUAUACAUCUUCAAUGUGAUGGAAUCUCUAUUCACUAUUGUCCAAAGUGUGUUCACGUAAAUUAUUUACAGAAAUAUUUGAAAACAAUGGAUGGAUCAUAUCACACAAAUAGAAUUUUAUUUAUAACAAGCUUCCGUUGUAUAUAAUACAGAAACAAAGAAAUAUUUAUCUGAUUCUGUUAUACUUAUUUGUAUUGUUAUUCAUGUAUCGUAAAAAGACAUAAAUACACACUACAUUUUCCCCUAAAUACUUUAUGUACAUAUAUAAGAGUGCUGUCAAUUGACAAAUUUUUCCAAAUAUAAUAUUAUUCAGCGGAUAUAUUAAAAAUUGUUUAGAUCUACCGAUGUACUUAUCAAAACAUAAUAAAUAUAAGAUAUUACACCAAGAUGUCUCUCUAUAUAAACUUUAAUAAUAUGAUCUCAUUCGUAUAAGACAAGACGAAUGUUUUAUGCUGAUCACUAUGAGGCUGGCUUAUAUUAUAUACAAAAUUUAAUAUAUAAAAAUUAUAUUAUAAUAUUGUGUCUAUCAUAUGUCAAGAUUAAACCAUUUCCAUGUAUUAUUUUUUUGUAAUUGUUUUUACGGCUCUGGAUACGAGUCCUUUGAGCCAACAACUUCCAUCACACAUAUGUCUUGCCAUAUUUCCAUGACGUGACUGGACAUUUACAAUUCCACUAUCAUAUUGUUUGUGUAUUUUUUUUUUGCCCAAAUACCGCGUUAUUUGUAUUAUUCUUACCUUUAAAACAUAAUUACAUACCGUACUGUAUUAAAAUGUGAGAUGUCACAGGAAUCUGAUAUAUAAUGCUCUUAUAUUCGAGCUUUAUGUCGUUAUUAUGUAUGAAUUAGUGUGAUAUUAAUAUAUGGAAUAAAAUCAUUUAGCACGUACCAUACGAGUAUUGUAAGUCAUAUCAUAGUACUAUAUAUUAUUAUACUUAAAAAAAAUCGAUUUUAUAAUAAUCGAUAAUGGCAGUAAACUUUGUAUUGCUCACUAAGUUCUGUUAUUUCAAAACAUAUUUGUUCUCGAUUCCUUUUAUAAUUUUAAUUGGAUGUCAAUUCCAUGUAUAUAGCUAAUCUGUAGGGUAGUUUUAUUUAAAACCGUGUCAAUAUUCUAAGACCUUUGUUCAUAAUUAUAUGAUCUGUGGUGAUUUAACUGCAGUUUAUUUUAAACGAUCAGUGAACUUUGUUUAAUUGUUUGGGGCGCAGAGACGCGCUGUAAGGCUGGCUACACACGGACGGGAUUAUCGAAGGGAGGCAUGUUAUAUUAUAGUGUUUAAUAUUUUUAUAUUUAGCGUUAAGAUAACAUUAUGUAAAGUAAUAUAUUAAAUGAUGAUUA